AUGUCUUCCGACGCACCCGAGCCUACUGGUCUUACUGCCAACAAGGGUCUUGAGCUCUUGACCUUCGGCACACCUAAUGGCCACAAGAUUACCAUCUUCCUUGAAGAGCUAAAGGAAGCUUAUGGCAAGGACUACGUCUACCAGAGUGUCAACAUUAUGAAGAACACACAGAAGGAGCCUUGGUACACCAAGUUGGGCCCCAAUGGCCGCAUUCCCGUUCUUGUCGACCAUGACAAGGGUGGCCUUGCGAUCCAGGAGGGUGCCGCCAUCCUCGCAUACCUGGCUAGACACUACGACACCGAGAACAAGUUCUCCUUCAAGGAAGACCCUCAGCUGUCGUAUCAAGAGCAAUGGGUCGCUUGGCAGCACGGCGGUCUGGGACCCAUGCAAGGUCAAGCCAACCACUUCUUCAGACUGGCAAAGGAAAGAAUCCCAUACCCGACUCAGCGCUACGUAGGUGAGACGGAACGUCUCUUUGGUAUCCUGGACACUCAGCUCAAGUCCAACUCGUACCUCGUCGGCAACAAGUACUCGAUUGCAGACAUUGCAAACUACAGCUGGGUCAACCUAGCCUAUUUCUCGGGUGUCGACCUCAGCAAGUUCCCGAACCUGGAGAAGUGGUGGAAGUCGAUCAACGAUCGCCCGGCAGUCCAAAAGGGUCAGGCUAUCCCCGGUCCUUCGCCCUAUACCAACGACAACUUCAACCAAAAGCUCAAGGACGACAAGGAAUUUGCCGAGAAGAACGCCGAGCUGGAGAGACUCAGAGAUGAGGCCAAGAAGCAGUACGACUACAAGUACUCAAGCCCUUAG